AACUAAGUUGACCCGAGUUACAUCGUACCCCUUUCAGGCCCAGUUCUAUCCCUGCCGGCGCACCGCAGAGCCCACAAUAAUGAUCGGCAUUUGCUACCCAUUUGUCCCGAGUGGAAUGCUUUUGUCGGGACCUGAGGGCCUGGGUACGACGUCGUAAAGAGGCUCUGGCCACCCUGACUGAAAAUAGUGCACAUCCAUUUUUUCCCUCCUGCUCCCGUUGACGUUGACGAACUCCGCUGCCGGCCAGCUGCGAACUCAACUCUCGAUGCUUGCUGCGCUCCCGCCGUCGAUAGUUGCACGUCGUGACCCCAAUGCCGUCGUCCUCUGAGUCCCAGCUCCCCGGCCUGCCGGGCUACGACCCGCACGACCUCCAGCCAUGGACCAUGCAGGUCGUCGUCUCCAUGACGGUGCUGUCGCUGACGUCCGUCGCCCUGCGCCUCCUGAGCCGCCAUCUCAAGGGCCAGCAGCUGUGGUGGGAUGACUGGGUCAUUCUGUUCUCCGCGGGCUGGAAUCUGGUCGUCGUCGGCUUCAUCUUCGCCAUGUACUCGUGCGGCAUGGGCAUCCACGCCGACCUGGUCGACCCAAAGGACAUUGUCAUGAUGGCGAAGUGGCUCGUCGUGGCCGAGAUCCUGUACGCCUUCAACCUCGGCUGGACCAAGCUGAGCCUGCUGCUCAUGUACUACCGCAUCUUCCGCGUGCCUUACUUCAAGAAGAUGGCGUGGAUCGUCGGCACCUUCGUCAUGGCCUGGGUCGUCACAAUCACCUUCCUCUUCGUCUUCAUCUGCAUCCCGGUCGAGAAGCUUUGGUACCCUCACCUGCCGGGGCACUGCAUCAACCAGGUUGGCACGUGGAUUGCCAAUGCCGCCUCGACCAUCUUGACCGACUUCAUCAUCUUGCUGCUGCCGCUGCGGCCAAUCUGGAGACUGCAGCUGGGCAAGGGCGAGAAGUUCGGUCUCAUGGUUGCAUUCGGCCUUGGAUUCUUCGUCGUAUUCGCUUCUGCAUACCGAACGAGCGUCCUGUUUACCUACACUGCCACCGACCCGACUUACAGCCUCGCCCCGACGGUCGGCUGGACAGCCAUUGAAAUGUCAGCCGGCAUCGUCUCCGCCAACCUCCCCACCAUGUUGCCCGUUCUGCGGCUAUUUGCACGGUACACCGGUCUCCAGUCCCUGGUCGGGACUGUGCGCGGCUCAGCAUCCCGGUCCAAGGCCGACCGAUCGGCAUUCAGCAAGGGCACAUCCCGGGAGGACGCCGAGGCACGACCCGCGCCAAACGCUGAGCCCAAUGGAAGGGGGGAUGCGUUUUAUCGACUGCCGGACGACACGGAGUCGGAUGGCACGGUGAAAAAAGCAAACUCGGCGUUGUCGCCAGUCGUCGAUGACCUGAGGCCGGAUAUCAAGGGCUACGAGUUUACCGUCAAGAGUUACAAGUCAAAUACCGACAGAGGUGACGAGAGCGGCGACGAAAUUCCUUUGCAAGGCAUUCGCGUCCAAAGGCAGUUCAGGCGGUCGACGUCGGGCAUCUGAUCCAGGGUUGGAGUUUGCCUAGAAUACCUGGUCACUCGUACCUCGAAACACUGAGAGCUUCUGGUCAUCAAUACGAUUUUGUUCACAAUUCUGUAAAAUAGAGUGUAGACUAUAGAUCUGGUUUGAUAUCACUUUUCCCAAGAACCAACUUAAAGGACCGCCGAGGGGAGCAUCUCUGGUUCUGCUACGUACUGGCCUCGAUCGUUUUUAGCAUGGCGAAGAAGAAGAGGAAGAGAAUGGGCGACAUAGGGACGUCUCCCCCACCUGGCUAGAAUAUUGGUCAAGGAUUUACUUGCCGAUCUGUCUUGGACUGACUGCCCCUCUUUCAUGAGCUCAGCAACGGCCUUCUUUGCGCUAUACAAGUAAUAGAAAUUAAGGUCGAUCA